CACAGUCAUACACAUAUAUAUAUUUAAGAUCGCGAAGUAAUAGUUUUUCAUUUGACUCAAAUCUAGUCAAAUGAGCCCCAGUGCCUUCGUCUGCGCAAGGUAAACACCGAGAGGCGGGAACGCGAAAGCUUGGCCAAUGAAGGCAAUUUGUAAGCAAUACUGAGCCUCAGGAAAAAUGGCCUUGCAUGCCUUACCAGCAGAUACCAUCCGUCUCAUCAAGAGUACUCAGGUCAUCACUACUCCGGUUUCCAUCGUUAAAGAGCUUGUUGAAAAUGCCGUUGAUGCUGAGGCAUCGACAGUCUCUGUUAAAUUGGAGAACUAUGGAUUUGUGAGGCUAGAAGUCCGGGAUAAUGGGAAAGGCAUCAGUGAGGAGGAUAUCAAGUUUGUAGCAAAGCCCCAUUUCACAUCAAAGAUUUCUUCCUUUGCAGAUCUGUCUUCCUUGACUUCGUAUGGAUUCAGAGGAGAGGCUUUGUCCUCGCUUUGUGCUGUUGCUGAUGUUACUAUCACAACCAAAACAAAAGAGAGUUCAAUGGGCCACAUAUACACAUUUACACACCAGGGUGAUGUUGCUACCAAGAAGCCAGCAGCUACUCCCAAAGGAACAUCUAUUGUGGUGAGCAACCUCUUCAAGAAUGUUCCAGUAAGGCGACAGUACUAUAAUAACCCAAAGCGACGGAAGGAUGAGUUAAAGAAGGUGGAGGAUAUGAUGCUGUCAUUUUGUGUUGCUGCUCCAGAAGUCCAUUUAACAUUAGUUCAUGAAAAAAAUACUAUGAUACAGAAGAACCCAGCCAAAGGCAUUCACCAUUCCCUCAUGAAUAUUUUUCCCACAGUGUACAAGAAGUUAAAGGCAGAGGCAAAGGAAGUUGAAGGUGUAAAGUUGGAGGUUUAUCUGCCUGAUCGUGGCUUCUGUGCAGAUCAGAGUACCAGUAGAUCCUGUUCAGACCGUCUCUUUGUAAUAGUAAACCGCCGUCCAGUUAGUCACAAAUCAAUUGAAAAGAUGGUGAAAGCACACUUCAGCCAAGCUUCGGAAGGCUGCCAUGGUCGCUACCCAAUGGGUGUCAUAUCUCUGGUACUUUCACCUGAUGACAUUGAUAUUAACUUAGAGCCAAACAAGAAUAAGGUGCUGUUGAAAAAUGAGGAAACUGCACUUGAAUCUUUAAAAGAAAUACUAGAAAAUAUAUAUGGUUCCUUGGAGAUGACAAAGAAGUCCAGUCACAAGAAAAAUGGCUCAGGGUCUGUCACUGCAGACACAGACAUCACUUGCACCUUAGCAUGUGUUACACAAAAGCAAGGAGCCAACAGUAGUGCCAGAGAUGAAUUAGAAAUUUUGGAUGAGUUUUUGGCUGAGUCUUUAAAGGAGGAAGAAAAACAAGAGAAACAGCAUGCAAAGGCUGCAGGUGGUUCCAAAUUAGAGGAAAGGCUAUCAAAAGAAUACUGCAUUUACAGUGACAAAGAAAAUGAUAACUUUUUUGAAAUUGCAACCUUACUCCAUCAAAUGUUGAUAAUAGAAUGAUUAAGCCCAUGCAAGUUCAAGAUACCCCAAACUUAUUUAGUAAACCUGGUACUAGAGAUGAACAGUAUCCUCAAACUCCACUGAGAGAUAAAGUUUUAAGAUUAGGUAUACCUGAUGAUGAAAGCAGAAUAGAAACCGUUGGCAGGUCUUAU